CUGAGCAGGGGGCGGGCCGAUCAGUGAGGACUUGCGGAGUGGGCUGCAGAGUCGGACCCGGCGGCUGCUGCGUGUGCAGGGUCCUCGCCAUGGGGCAGAUCGAGUGGGCCAUGUGGGCCAACGAGCAGGCGCUGGCGUCUGGCCUGAUCCUUAUCACAGGGGGCAUCGUGGCUACCGCCGGACGCUUCGCGCAGUGGUACUUUGGCACCUACUCUAUCGUGGCAGGGGUGCUCAUCUGUCUGCUGGAGUACCCCCGGGGGAAGAGGAAAAAGGGCUCCACCAUGGAGCGCUGUGGACAGAAGUACCUGACCGCUGUGGUGAAGCUCUUCGGGCCCCUCACCAGAAAUUACUACGUGCGAGCUGUCCUCCACUUCCUGCUGUCAGUGCCUGCAGGCUUCCUGCUGGCCACCAUCCUGGGGACUGUCUGCUUGGCCAUCGCCAGUGUCAUCUACCUGCUGGCAGCCAUCCGGGGUGAGCAGUGGACCCCCAUUGAGACUAAACCCAAGGAGCGGCCGCAGGUUGGAGGCACCAUCAAGCAACCACCGACCAACCCCCCGCCCCGGCCACCAGCGGAGGUCCGCAAGAAGCCAAGUGUGGGUGAAGAGGAGGCAGCCUCGGCUGGAGGACCCCAGGUUAACCCAAUUCCGGUGACAGAUGAGGUCGUGUGACCAUCUUCAGUGGCUGUCGCCAGCUCCUGCUUGGGUUUCUGUGGAGUUGCCCCACAGAGGCAACUCUGUAAUACCUCUGAUGUUCACUAUAAUAAACGUGAUUCAUAAAUA